CAACUUCAGCACUUCAGCUUUCUUUCAACCCUGGAGCACAUCAACAAUAUGAGAAGUAUCUAAACUCAGUAUCUUAGGUCAUCUCAAAAGCAACAAUGAAUAGAGACCAACAGGCCCCAGGCCCAGCAACACCAACCUAUAUCCUACGCGGGCAUGCAGCGCCCAUCCAUGCCCUGCAUAUCUUCUGCCAGAACCUGCGGCUGGUGUCUGGCGAUGCAGAGGGAUGGAUCAUCGUCUGGGACAUGGUGACCAAACGGCCUGUUGCUGCGUGGAAGGCGCACGAGGGGGCUGUUCUCGAAGUGAAGGGCGUGAGUUCUGAGGCAGUCGAAAUUUAUACGCAUGGGCGAGAUCACAAGCUACGACUGUGGAGAUUCCGUGCACAAGAGGAAGGCCUACUCGAAAAGACUCUCCCUGUUGACGCGCAUGAAACACCACACUCCGAACCGGGGAUCCAGCCAUGGCUAGUUCAUUCGCUUCCCGUCAACGCGCUGAACUUCUGUGCCUUUUCGAUCCUCCAGAUCGAGCACGACAAGUCAGACACCGGGCUCGACAACAAAACAUCCCCCGUGCUAGUGGCGGUGCCGAACGCGCUCGACUCGGGCGCCAUCGAUCUUUUCCACCUCCCACUCGAACGCCGCAUCUCUACCGUCCCGGCCGCGGCGGGCGUGAAGACCGGUAUGGUUAUGGCGGUAAGUCUCUUCUCCAACCCGGCAGGGCUGUACGUUUGUUCCGCCUACGAAGAUGGCCGAGUGAUGGUCUUCGUCCGUCGGGGAGCUCUUAUCAUCGAGACCACUACUACCGGCCCUCCCGAUCCCCCUUGGACGUGGGAGAACGUUUACACGAGUUGCCCUCACUCACAGCCCGUCCUGUCCAUCGACCUGGCGCCUAGUAAGGCCUACUUUCUGUCCUCUUCGGCAGACGCCGUACUAGCCAAGCAUGAGAUCCCAUCGCUACCGAGUGCAUCGCGCGCACUUCAGGAUUCCCCACCGAAACAAUCGGCUAACACGAAACAUUCAGGCCAGCAGGGCCUGCGGAUCCGCGACGAUGGCCGCAUCUUCGCGACCGCCGGCUGGGACGCGAGAAUCAGAGUCUACUCGUGUAAAACGAUGAAGGAGCUCGCCGUGCUGAAGUGGCAUAAGGAGGGAUGCUACGCCGUGGCGUUCGGAGAAAUCAAUGGAAUCGUCGACUCGAAAUAUCCUGGCGACGGCAGCCAUACGGAUGAGCCUAACGACAGUGAUUCUCAAGCCCUGAACAGGGAUGAGAGUGGCUUUUCCCUUGCGGCAGUCCAGCAGCAGCGGAACAGAAAGGUGCAAAAUACGCACUGGUUAGCAGCCGGGUCAAAGGAUGGGAAGAUCUCAUUAUGGGAUAUCUAUUGAGCCAUGCACCUUAUCUAUAUACAUUGAGAUCAAAAGAGUCGCUUUUUUAUGAGAGAAUAUUGAGAUAAAAAGACGGGGGAAAGAAGAGAC